UAGAGCAACGGGGUGGCACUUCCCGCUCUCUCCCCACCUACGCAGAAGCAGGUGCAGAGCAGUAGUAGACCGGGGGCUUCCCUUCGUCCUGUGCUGUGCCAGCGCCUGGAUCCAGCACCGUGGGAGGAACAAGCAGUGCAGGGGCCCUGGCAGCAGCACCAGGAGGAAGGGGCAUGAAGGUUCGCCAUGCAGCGGAGGAGGACCACGGAUGACCCCCACUGCGGCCUGGUCAGUCAGGACAGCAGAGGCGCUCACUACGGCAGCUUGAGCGAGGAGGCCAUUGCCAUGCCCCAGCCCAGCGACACAGCCUUGGGCCAGAAGAGCACAGCUAAUGUCUUCAGCAACGGCUGUACGAGGAUAGACUUUGUCCUGGUGUGGGAGACCAUCCCCAGGGAGCUGAGUGGGCAGCAGGACAGCCGUGAGAAUGGGGGCUUGCAGGAGAGAUCUGCCACCACCCACAGGACCUGGCGGAAGAAGUUUCUGGACAAGCUUCAUGCUGCUGGGAUCCACAUGGAAAAGCACAUAACCCGUGUGGAGAAGAAGAUGGUGCAUUACCUGCUGCUGAGCGUGCCCUGGAGCGUGCAAUGCUACUAUGCCGAGGAGCUCCAGCUCCGCGUGCCGCUGCAGGCGCUGCCCAGACAGACCUCCAACUGGUCGGCCAGCGUGCUGCGGCGGCUCGGCAUCCCCAACCUGAUGGCCCAGGAGGUUCCCAACCUGCCGCUGGACUACUACACCUGCCCCUUCAAGGCCAACAAGCUGUGCUGGUUCCUGGGGAGCAACGAGCAGGACACCUUCUUCUCCACCACCCAGAGGCACCAAAUUGUCUAUGAGAUCCUCGCCACGACACAGUACGGCCACUCCAGGGAGCGGGAGGUGGGGGUGGACCGGCUGCUGAGUGAGAACGUCUUCACCGCCGCCUUCCCGCUGCAUGAGGCAAGACCCCACCGUGCCCCCAGGGACCACCCUGCUGCCAGCCCCGCACGCCCAGCUGGCCCUGCGCCCACCCCCUGCCUCUCCCCACAGGGUCCCUACAAGCCCCGGCCGGAGGAGCUGGCUGCUGGUGGCCUCAGCCAGCGCCAAGUCCUCUUUCGGUACUGGGCCAGCUGGAGCAAGUGGAGCAAGUACCAGCCACUGGAUCACGUCCGCACGUACUUUGGGGAGAAGGUUGCUUUCUAUUUUGCCUGGCUGGGUUUCUACACAGGGUGGCUCUUGCCUGCUGCAGUGGUGGGGACGGUGGUGUUCGUCACAGGCAUUUUCCUGAUGUUCAGUGACGUACCUUCGCAGGAGAUCUGCGCAAGCAAAGAGCAGUACUGGAUGUGUCCCCUCUGCAAGACCUGUCCCUACUGGCAGCUCUCUAAAAUGUGCAGCACAUUCAUGGCAGGACGGCUCUUUGACCAUGGCGGGACCAUCUUCUUCAGCAUCUUCAUGUCCCUCUGGGCAGUGCUGUUCCUGGAGUUCUGGAAGCGAACCAAUGCAUCCCUGGCUCACCACUGGGAGUGCUUUGAGUUCGAGGACAUCGAGGAGCGGCCACGGCCCCAGUUCACGGCUAUGGCUCCCAUGACAACAAUAAAUCCUGUAACGGGUGCGGAGGAGCCAUAUUUCCCCAAGAGCAGCCGCCUCCACCGGAUUUUGGCUGGUUCGAUAAUCAUUAUAAUGAUGAUUGCCAUGGUGGUGAUGUUUGUGGUCUCUGUUAUUCUCUACCGGGCCGUGGUUGCCAUCCUCCUCUCCAGCUCAGGGUACUUCUGGUUUGUGGCUUCGGCAUCCCGCAUUGCUAGCUUCACUGGCUCAGUGGUGAACCUCAUCAUCAUCCUCAUCCUCUCCAAGAUCUAUACUUCCCUGGCUCAUUUCCUCACCAAGUGGGAGAUGCACCGCACCCAGACCAAGUAUGAGGAUGCCUUCACCUUCAAAGUGUUCGUCUUCCAGUUUGUCACCUUCUACUCCUCUCCCGUUUACAUCGCCUUCUUCAAGGGCAAGUUUGUUGGCUAUCCUGGGAACUACCUGAGCUUUCUGGGGGUCUGCAACGAGGAGUGCAGCCCGGGUGGGUGCUUCAUUGAGCUGGCGCAGGAGCUGCUGGUCAUCAUGGUGGGGAAGCAGAUCAUCAACAAUGUGCAGGAGGUGGCCAUCCCGAAGCUGAAGUGCUGGUGGCACAAGCACAAGCUUCUCUCCACCAAGAAGGAGGAUGAGGAGGGGAAGUCAGUCCCAGUGGAGCAGGCACCCUGGGUGAUGGACCACCAGCUGCUGGUGUUCGAGGGGCUGUUUGACGAGUACCUGGAGAUGGUUCUGCAGUUUGGCUUCAUCACCAUCUUUGUGGCGGCCUGUCCCCUGGCACCCCUCUUCGCUCUGCUCAACAACUGGGUGGAGAUCCGCCUGGAUGCCCACAAGUUCAUCUGUGACUACCGGCGGCCCGUGGCCGAGCGGGCGCAGGGCAUCGGCAUCUGGUUCUCCAUCCUGGAGGCCAUCACUCACCUGGCUGUCAUCAGCAACGCCUUCCUCAUUGCCUUCACCUCCGAUUUCCUGCCCCGUAUGUACUAUGAGUACGUCCACGACAGCAGCCUGCGCGGCUACGUGAACUUCACCUUGGCAUACGCACCGUGGGACUUUGUCCUGCAGAGCAACAUCACGUGCAGAUACAGAGCGUUUCGGGACCGGGAUGGCAACUUGACCUUGACUUACUGGCAGCUGCUGGCCAUACGCUUGGGCUUCAUCAUCGUGUUCGAGCACGUGGUUUUCUUCAUCGGCCGUGUGAUUGCAUGGCUGGUACCCGACAUUCCUGAGUCCGUGGAGGUCAAGGUGAAGCGUGAACGGUACCUGGCCAAGGAGGCCCUGGCUGAGAACAAGGUCCUUUUGGAGAGACGGGAGACAAGAAGCAAGGCCAGCGUCACAGAUCCGGCCGCAGGCAGGGACUGGGAAACCGAGCAGUUCUCCAGCAGCUGAGCGCCGCAGCAUGCCCCGAGGCCCACGGCUGGGUGCUGGGACUGAAGCGCUGCCGACCGGCUCCUCCUUGGGCCAGCCUGGAGCCGCAGGGCAGCAGGCGUGCCUUCCCUGCCCAGCUGGCACACAGGCAUUUGGGGACAGCUAUUGCUAAAGGCAGGGAGGGACGCAGCUGGCUCUGGGUGUUUGUCCGAGCUCAUUGGCGGUACCACAAGGUAACUCCACCGCUGCGUAAACCUGGCCUGAGCCAAUUAAAGGAGGCUGGCCACGCCGCGUCCCUGGGUUGUGCUCAGCUGGCACAGGGCAGCGCCUGCCCCCAGCAACCGCACCACUGGUCGGUGCGACUGCAGCUCCGCUUGCCGCUUGGCGGUGGCAAAGGUGGGCUACAGCCUCCUGCACUGGCUCCUGCUUCUGCCUCCACCUGUGCUGGAUGCGACCCCGGUGGGAGGGUUUGCUUCCGCCGGUGCCAGCAGGUACAGUGAGAACAGCUGAGCUGCUGUGGGGAGGGCGAGAGCCGUGGAGACACCUGGGGAACCUGAGGGGCAUGCUGUCACCCUGACACCGUACCCCUGAGCCAAGCUGUCGGAGAGCAGCAGCUCGGCCCCAGCCAGCGGGUGCUGUGCAGCGGGGCCAGCCGCAGGAGGCAGACAGAGGCUCUGGUUCCGGAGGACGUGAGCAAGAGGGACCGUGGCAGUGUCCCUGGCACCACUUCCCUGGGUGCGAGCAGGUCAGUGCCUCCCCGCUGCUCUCACCUCCUCCUUCGACCCAGCCGCUUGCUGCGCAACAGCAUGGCCCCAGCAGAGCUCUCACGUGCAAGCUGGAAUUCCUCAAACCGGGCUAAACCCGGCCAAGCAAGGGCUGCCUCGGCUCUCAACCCACCGGUAGAAAUAA